UGCAAAACUUUUGGGCGUUGUCACAAGCACACCGGUACCUCACUUCUUCCUUCUGGAGACUUAAAACGCCAAGCUCACGAUGUUGAACCAAGCGGCAGUCCUACCUACUCUUCUUCUCCUCGUCCUCGCCACCACGCCUUCGGCAGAAGGUGCGACGGCAUGGGAUUAUGGCAGCGGAAGCACGGGACCUGCGAACUGGGCUACUGCGGUUACCAACAGCUCCUGUGGCGGCAGCUCUCAGUCUCCCAUCAACAUAGUCUCGGCAUCAGCCACCCAGCAAACCUACACCGCGUUCACCCUCACUGGGUACGAUACUGUCCCUAGUGACGUCACGAUGACCAUGUCCAAUAAUGGACACUCAGUUGUGGUUGCGCUGACCUCCGCCUCUAACGCCAUCUCCAUGUCGGGAGGCGGGCUGACGGGCACGUACAUCGCCGCACAGUUCCACUUCCACUGGGGCAGCCAGUCUGACCUGACGGUCGGCUCGGAACACACUCUCAACGGUAACGCCUACCCAGGAGAGCUCCACAUCGUCCACUACUCGUCUACUUACAGCUCGCUCGGCGAUGCGGUCGCUUCUGGCUCCGCUACCGCCCUGGCCGUCCUCGGGUUCUUCAUGGAGGUGGAGGUGGACGGCGAUGACAACUCUGGCCUUGCCCCAAUCGUCGACAACAUGCAGAAUGUGAACGACUCAGGUGACUCGUACCAGUUCACUACGAACUUUGCCCUGAACACCAUGCUGCCGUCCAGCAAGACCAACUUCUUCCGCUACAGCGGCAGCCUGACCACCCCUUCAUGUAACGAGGUGGUGGUAUGGACCGUCUUCGAGAACACCAUAAAGAUCUCACAAAGUCAGAUGAACACCCUGGUCACCGGCGCCUAUUACACGGCAGAGGCUGGCCAGGCGGCGGCAGUGAUGGCCGACAACUACCGCCCGGUUCAGAACCUCAACACGCGAACGGUCUACAGCUCCUUCGCCUCUGCAGCCUCCUUGCGGGUCCUGCCGGCAUGGCAGCUCCUUGUCGCUGCUGUCGCUUGUGCCGUGGCCGCUGCUCGCAGGCAGUGAUGUUUUGACGCUCUCAGUAGCUCCAUAGAUGUUAUCAUGAGUUCAAUGAAAUAUCUGUGUGCUUUGCUUGGUUUUUUAUUGGUACUGCCCUACUCUCAUUUGUAUCUCUUAUUUCCACUCAUUGUAUUGUAGGAUUUUGAGACGUUUCAGACUGAUAACAAAUACCUAUACUUCUACUAGCUUUUCAGCUCUGGAAUCAUGAGCUCUGGAAUUUUUAAUGUUUUAAAGACAGCUGGUCCACUAAGAAUGUAUAUGUAUACAGGUUGCAUGUAAGCAGUGCGUAUUAACAUUUAGUCUUCGUUAACAGUUAGAUUUGAAGAGCUAAAGAUGAACAUUUAGAUAUUAAGAGAACUCAGUACAUUCCACCUUUAUUAAUUUUUUUAAGGCAUUAUAAAUUUCUCAUUGCUGAAGCAUAUGAACUAUGGCUAUACGCACAUUUGUGUACUUUGCUAACAUUGUGGUGUCAAUAAAGUUCUUGACCUUCUUGUUUUCCA